AUGGAGUCAUUUUUCAAGCCUAAAAGGGGUGAUAAAUCAAGUGAGUUGCUUCCUUCUACUGACAAUGUUGGCAUGCCUACAUCAUCACACCAUGAACAUGGUACUUCUCAGCAGCAAAAGAAGCCAUCAUAUGCUCAACCAACUAUAUCAAGUAAAGCCAAAGAAGUUGCAGUUCAAAGAAAUGGAGGUACUUAUGAGCGUGAUCCAGGUUUGCGGCGCCAAAUUUAUGAAUAUCCAGUGAAUCAACGUGAUGAGGUACGUCGAGCUUAUUUAAAACAGGGACCUUUCAAACCUAGAUUAUCCAAAUAUCCUCCUACUUGGGAUGGAAGACAAGAUCGUUAUUUUCAAUAUAGUUGGCUGAGACAGCAUUCAUGGCUAGAGUACUCUAUCGAAAAGAACAAAGCAUAUUGCUUCCCUUGCUUUAUUUUUGAAACGGAUCCACCUAAGCGUCCUGCAUUUACAAUAGAAGGUUUCUCAGAUUUCAAGCAUAUUGGUUCUAAUAAGAUGGUAUCUACAUGUUCAUUUGUUCAACAUGUUGGACAUAUCAAAUCUUCUCACAUGGUAGCUGUGGAAGCUUGUGAAAUUCUUCGGAGGCCAUCUCGCCAUAUUGAUAUAGUUUUUCGUAAACAAAGUAAGGAGAUUAUAGCAAAGAACAGGCUACGACUAAAGGUAGCAAUUGAGACAGUUAUAGUGAUUGGUCUUCAUGCAUGUCCUUUUAGAGGUAACGACGAGUCAUUAGAGUCAACAAAUUGUGGUAAGUUUAUUGGUUUGAUGAAAUAUGCAGCCAUAUUGAAUGACAAGAUUGCUGAAGUUAUCUUAGGAAAUGCACCUGGAAAUGCAAUGUAUACUUCACCGAAGAUUCAAAAGAAAAUUCUACAUAUUCUCGCUAACAAGGUAAAGGAUAUUAUUCGUGCAGAAAUCGGAGAUGCUAAAUUUUUUAUUCUUGUAGAUGAAGCACAAGAUUCAUCAGUUCAAGAGCAAAUGGCUAUUGUUCUGAGGUUUGUUGAUACUAAUGGUUGUAUUAGAGAGCGGUUUUUUGCAGUCAGAAGUGUUGAGGACACCACGUCAUUAACUUUAAAGAGGGAGAUUUCCGAAGCUCUUGCUUCACAUGGUCUUUUAGUAGAAAAUAUUCUGGGUCAGGGGUAUGAUGGUGCUAGUAAUAUGAGAGGAGCAUGGAAUGGGUUGCAGACAUUGUUUCUUAGAGAUUUUCCAUAUGCUUAUUAUGUCCAUUGCGUUGCUCACAGGUUACAACUAGCAUUAGUAUAA